ACCUAACAACCAUCGCAUCCCAACAACUCAAAAGUGCGCUACUUGAAAAAAAAGUAUUCUUUAAUCCUAAUUAAUUAUCCGAAACAAAACAGCGCCCCACCCCCUUCCCAGCUUCCAAUCUUGCAUAUCCAUCCGGAAAACAAGAACCACAACAACCAUGGUCUCAUUCACCACGCUCCUCACGCUUGCCGCGGGUGCCCUAGCCACACCCGUCACUCCCGUGCUGACAACGCGUGAUAUGAACAUCCCCGCCAACUGGACGUGGCACGUCAGCGGGUGGGAAGCCGGGUGCCAGCGCCAAGGUUGCUACUACAACUUUAACAUCACCAUUCCCAGCUGGCGGGCUGCCAUUGGCGGCGGCAAGUACUACUGCAACGGCUACGAGAACGGCUGGUACCGCAAGGGCAACUGGUUCGAGGAAUGCAAGCUGCUUGAGCUGGCCCCUGGCGACUUCUUGUCCGAGGCCAACAAUACCGUUGCGGCCAAGUUGAGCGAGCAGGUUGGUGAUGAUCCGACGCCGAAUGAGAUUAUUGUUAGUUUUGUGUGGAAAGGGUAUACGCCGACUGGACGCCCCUCGUACAACUUCUCCGGUGAGGCUCCCGCGGUGUACAACCAGUUUGUUAGCCCGCCGCUGGAGUUUGACAUUACUCCUUCCGACGUCUUCGCUGUCGCUUAAGGUGCAAAAUAGGAAAGUAUGUCUGAGUACCAGCGUAAAUAAUGAGUUGGAAAUGUGGAAACGAAUGAAAUGAUUGUGUCUUUAUAUGUUCAUCAUUACUUUGCUACUAAAAUUGAUUAGUACGUCUGUUUUAGCGUGUAAGCGUAUCAGUCAUUUUUUGUUUCCCUCAAAAAAACAAAACAAAAUGGAAAGGCAUCAGUGUUGAUAACUCC